ACGCAGCCGCAGCUUGUCUGGUUCCCGUCUCCGUCAUAUAUCGGGGCUCCCUGUACUGUACAGCGGUUGCUAGCUGGUUCACAAACUUUGAAACAAAGUUGCCCCAUAUAGUUGGGCUAUUUUAGAUACAGGAGAGAAAACGUUACAUUAACAGGGGGUGUACUAAAAUGCCUGCCGUCUCUAAAGGGGAUGGGAUGCGUGGCCUGGCCGUGUUCAUCUCUGACAUCAGGAACUGUAAAAGUAAAGAGGCAGAAAUUAAGAGGAUAAACAAAGAACUGGCCAAUAUCCGUUCCAAAUUUAAAGGAGACAAAGCUCUAGAUGGCUACAGUAAAAAAAAGUAUGUCUGCAAGCUGCUCUUUAUCUUCCUUCUGGGCCAUGAUAUCGACUUUGGACACAUGGAGGCCGUCAACCUCCUCAGCUCCAACAAGUACACAGAGAAACAAAUUGGUUACCUGUUCAUCUCGGUGCUGGUGAACUCAAACAGCGACUUGAUCCGUCUAAUCAACAACGGCAUUAAGAAUGACCUGGCCAGCCGCAACCCGACCUUCAUGAACCUGGCCCUGCACUGCAUUGCUAACGUGGGCAGCAGAGAAAUGGCUGAGGCUUUUGCUUCUGAUAUCCCCAGCAUCUUGGUGGCAGGGGACACCAUGGACAGCGUGAAGCAGAGUGCAGCACUGUGUCUGCUGCGACUCAACAGGACGUCUGCUGACCUGGUGCCCAUGGGUGAAUGGACAGCACGAGUGGUCCAUCUGCUUAAUGACCAGCACCUAGGAGUGGUAACAGCAGCCGCCAGCCUUAUUACCACUCUGGCCCAGAAGAGUCCGGAUGACUUCAAAACAUCCAUCUCACUGGCUGUGGCCCGGCUCAGUAGGAUCGUGACUUCCGCGUCCAUCGACCUACAGGACUACACAUACUACUUUGUUGCUGCACCAUGGUUGUCGGUCAAAUUGCUGCGCCUGCUGCAGUGCUACCCUCCUCCUGAGGAUGCAGCGCUGCGAAGUCGCCUGACAGAGUGUCUGGAGACCAUCCUCAACAAAGCCCAGGAGCCACCCAAGUCCAAAAAGGUCCAGCACUCCAACGCAAAGAAUGCUGUUCUGUUUGAAGCCAUCUCCCUCAUCAUCCACCAUGACAGUGAGCCCACCCUGUUGGUACGGGCCUGCAACCAGUUAGGCCAGUUUCUGCAGCACAGGGAAACCAACCUUCGUUAUUUGGCUUUGGAGAGCAUGUGCACACUGGCCAGCUCUGAGUUUUCUCAUGAGACCGUAAAGACACAUAUAGAAACUGUGAUCAACGCUCUAAAGACGGAGCGAGACGUGAGCGUCCGCCAGCGGGCUGUUGAUCUCCUCUACGCCAUGUGUGACCGCAGCAACGCCAAGCAGAUUGUGGCAGAGAUGCUGAGCUACCUGGAGACCGCCGACUACUCAAUCAGAGAGGAGAUAGUGCUCAAGGUGGCUAUCCUGGCAGAAAAAUAUGCUGUGGACUACACCUGGUACGUAGAUACCAUCCUCAACCUCAUCCGCAUCGCCGGCGACUAUGUCAGUGAGGAGGUGUGGUAUCGUGUCAUCCAGAUUGUCAUAAACCGAGAUGAUGUCCAAGGCUAUGCUGCCAAGACCGUCUUUGAGGCACUACAGGCUCCCGCCUGCCAUGAGAACCUGGUUAAGGUGGGGGGUUACAUCCUGGGAGAGUUUGGUAACCUAAUAGCUGGCGACUCACGCUCCAGCCCUCUGGUCCAGUUCAACCUUCUACACUCCAAGUUCCACCUGUGUUCUGUGCCAACUCGGGCACUGUUGCUGUCGGCCUAUAUCAAAUUCAUUAACUUGUUUCCAGAAGUGAAGGCCACGAUCCAAGACGUGCUGCGCUCAGACAGCCAGCUCCGCAACGCUGACGUGGAGCUUCAGCAGAGAGCUGUUGAGUACCUGAGGCUCAGCUGCAUCGCCAGCACUGACAUACUGGCCACAGUCUUAGAAGAGAUGCCUCCAUUCCCAGAGAGAGAGUCUUCAAUCCUGGCAAAGCUGAAGAGGAAGAAGGGCCCAGGCCACCUGCCCGACAUUGACGAUGCCCGGCGGAAUGUCAACGGCAGCACCGAGCACAGCGACAACACUGAAGCCACAAAGUCUUCUCCUUCACUGAUGGCAGACCUUCUCCCUACCAACAGACCCCGCCCCGCCUCCUCUAGCCCCAUCAUACUCUCGGCUGCGACCAUGGGUUCCACCCACCCCUUCACAGAUCUGCUCAAUCUAAACUCCACCCCUUCAGCUGGAGCCAGUCUGCUAGUUGAUGUCUUUUCCGACACCCCCUCACCUGCAUCCAUAGAUGUGUCUGAGGAAAAUUUUCCCAGGUUUGUUUGUAAAAACAAUGGUGUUAUCUAUGAGAACCAGCUUUUGCAGAUUGGACUGAAGUCUGAGUACAGGCAGAACCUGGGUCGCAUGUACGUGUUCUAUGGCAACAAGACAUCCACCCAGUUCCUCAGCUUCUCCUCAUCUGUGAGCUGUAGCGACACGCUCAAGACUCAGCUGAAUGUCCACGCUAAGACAGUAGACCCCAUAAUAGAAGGGGGGGCUCAGUUCCAGCAGAUCCUCAACAUCGAGUGUGUGUCAGAUUUCACAGAUGCACCGGUACUCAACAUCCAGUUCAGAUACGGGGGAACUCUACAGAACAUUGCAGUGAAACUCCCAGUGAUGCUGAACAAGUUUUUCCAGCCCACGGAGAUGACGUCCCAAGACUUCUUCCAACGCUGGAAACAGCUCGGAGCUCCUCAGCAAGAGGUUCAGAACAUCUUCAAAGCCAAACACCCCAUGGACACAGAUGUCACCAAAGCCAAGAUCUUAGGUUUUGGUGUAGCUCUGCUGGACGGGGUGGAUCCCAAUCCCACAAACUUUGUUGGAGCUGGAGUCAUUCACACUAAGAACACUCAGGUGGGCUGCCUCCUCCGACUGGAGCCCAACACACAAGCACAGAUGUACCGGCUCACCCUCCGGACCAGCAGGGACUCUGUGUCUCAGAGACUGUGUGAUCUCCUCUCUGAACAGUUUUAAACAGCACCAGCAUUUUUACACCUCCACUCUCCUAGUCUCACUUUACAUUGGUAUGAUGUAUUGUACAGUGUAAAUUCUUUUUUUUAUUUGACUUACUCUACAUGUAAAUGAAGUGAAAUGUAUUCUUCAUACAUAGCUUUACUAAUAUGUCACUGCUUUAAACCUGCACCGUGCACUCUGCGCACGGUGCAGGAGGCUCUCAAUGCUUCUCUGUAGCGUUCUGAAGCUCCAGAGUUUUGAACAUUUUUGAAUUUGUGUGUUUUUGCUGCUUAGGUUCUGCCUUUCUUACUCAAACACUUUAAAGAGUUGGUUAGGAAGCACUGAUGAGAUGAAGUUAGUUGAAGAUCUCAAUAAGAGUGUAAACUUACCAAUGAUCUCAGUGGUGAAUUCAGUAGUUCAGAUAGUGUUUCUACGAGACAUUUAUUCUUGUAGUGUUUCAAACAAAUGUUGCACAGAACUGGGAAGCUUUCCUGAACUUCUCACCCAUUUUGCACUUGUUAGGUGAAAAAUCAGAUCACAUGGGUAGAUCAGAUAGAUUUAGGCAAAAUAAUUUUGACUUUGAUGUCAGAAUUCUUAACUUAUUUCACCAAUCUGUCACAUCAGGAGGAAAAGAAAAGCUUUGCAUUGUGGUGUUUUUAGCAGACUUUGCUACGAAUUUAGUUCUCUUAUGUGAAUUUAUGAACCACACUGCGCAUACAUUUUACACCUAGAAUUCAGACACUCAAAAUAAAUAGUACACUAGGUAGCGAAUGGAUUUUAUUAUAUCUAUUCCACACAAUUGUGCCUGUAAACUUCUGUUACUCUGUCAAGAGCAGAAAGAGCCUUCAGAUUGACGAGUAAUAUUUUUAAAGUCUAAAGCACUGCCACACUGUCACACUACUUUUGUCUAAAUGCAUUCAUUCACGGAGCACUGCCAAACUGGUAAUAUUUCUGUAUAUCAACAACAUAUGGUGUAUUUUCUGUUUUAUAAAAUGUACUCUUGUAAUCAUCCUCUGUUCAAAGGUGAAAAAAUCCUCCUACCACCACCUCUAAAGCAGUGUGCAUGCGGGCCAAGAAUUAGUCAUAACCCUCCAUAAACGGCAACUUUAUACUUUUUACACUGCUGUCUUUGAACGCAUUAAAAGACAUAGCAUGUUUUAUUUUAGAGGUGUUGGUAUGUGGAUUGGUUUUACUGUUGGACUAAGCAAGGCUAGCGGCUUUCCCUCGUUUACAGUCUUGAAUGCUAAGCUAAGUUAACCGUCUCCAUGCUGUAGCUUUAUAUUUAACGGACAGUUAUGAGAGUGACAUUGACCCUUUUGACCCUCAGCAAGAGAACAAAUAAGGGUAUGUGCCAAAAUAUCAAACUAUUCUCUAAAGAUCAAAAUUAGUAAGAAGCAUGUUUUUACAUUGUCUUGAAGGGUUUGGCCAAUUCAUGAAUAAGGGUACCUUAAAGCUGCAGUAGGUAACUUUUAUAAAAAUAACUUUUUGUCAUAUUUGCUCACAGUAAUACAUGAGAAAGAUAAUCUGAGAAAAAAAAUCAGGUUCCUCCUAGUGCUCCUAAUGGCAUUUGCAAGAAUCCACCGGCCUGAAGGAAAACAACCAAUCAGAGCCAAGAAAGAUAGAACGGCACUCUGGGGUGGCUUGAAAAUAGUUGAUUGUUGAGUCUCAUUCCCAUUGUCCCAAAGCGUUGGUAUUUGACAACCUGGGAAUGAGAGUCAACAAUCAACUAUCUUUCUUUGCAUUGAUUGGUUGUUUUCAUUCAGGCCUGGCAGAUUCUUACAAAUACCACGAGGAGCCAGAAGAACCUGAUUUUUCUUUUUUCAUAGACUAUCUGUAUCAUGUUCUACUGUCAGGAUAUAUUGAAAGUUUCAGCAAAUUUGACAAAAAAUAAAUAUAUUAAAAUGACCUACUGCAGCUUUAAACUAGACCUGGGAAGCUUUACUAUGACAGGUUUUAACAACCGGCUAUGAGCCUUCAACUAUUUUACUCAUUUAUGUUCUGUAGAAGUUUCACAUCAUUUUAAGACCUGUGAACCCCUUUUGGAAGUCUGGAGAUUAUCUGUUUACUUUUGUCAGGCCAGGGAGAUCCUAGCUGUGUUCAAGGAGGCCAACCAGCCCAGUGUCACAGCGUGCCUUCUGUCAUUUGAUGUAUGUCAAUACAAAAUAUAGAACAAAGUGUAGCUGUAAAUGACCACUUGACAAUAAGCACUAAUGUUGUUUCCAGCCUGUUUUUGGAUACAGUGCUGUGUAAAGGAGAAGUGGUACCCAUAUCUGCAGCUCUUUUUAACUGUAUGUGGCUUUUUAGCAUCUUUUGACUGUUUAUUUUGUACUUGUUACUGUGAUGGCUCAGGCUCUCAUUUGGUUAUUUCAAGAUGCAGCAGGCAACUGUCGUCAGGUUGCUGGAAACACGACUCCCAAUAAAUGCUGAUGUUGCUCUGAAUUUGCAGAAUGUGUAAUUAAACUAGUUAGAAAACAUAUCUGCCUUUGUUAGGGUCUUUAUGAGGUGAUUUGUUAAUUUUGUGUUCAAAGCUAGUUUCCAUUACUCCCAAAUGACCAAAAAAUCAGUUAAUGCAGGUUUAAAGCAAUUUGUGUUUUAUAGUCUUCAUCAUUUUGUGCAGUUUACUCACAUUAUGCCUGUACUUGUAGAACAGAGACAUGUGCUCAGCUGGACCUCAGCUUUACACCAGGAUACAAAUGGGACCACACAAAUACAAGCCACUAGUGGUGUGUUCUUUACACUAUGACAGCAUUACCAAAAAUGAGAUUUUUUUUUAAAAACUGCAAUAUAUUGAAUUAUAAUUCCUGUAUCACGAUAUGUAUCAUAUCACCAGAUCUUUGCCCUACAAGCCACAGAUGUUUUUCAAAAAGUCUGGUCUUAACCAGCCUCACAGUUUCUGUCAUGAAAUUAAUUGUAAUAACUUUUAUUGUUCACUUAAAGCUGCAGUAGUAGCUUUUUUUUGUCAUAUUUGUUGAUAGUUUCACUUUAUCCUGACAUGCUCAUAUUCUACUGCCAGGAUAUAGUGAAAGUAUGAAUGAGUGAAAGUGCAGCUUUAAAGCUCCAAAUAACUGAUUUUAAUAGUUCAGACCAAAAGCAACUGAGAAUCAUAUUUCUGUGGGCUCACUGGAUUCUAAUGUAAAAUGGCGUUCAAGUGGUAUACAGGGUACUUAAGAUAUUUGAGCUUGAACCACAACAUUAACACCUAGUUUGUGUCCCUGGUACUGUAUCCAGUACACUCAGUGCUUACUAUCAGUUGCCAUUUUGACUUCAGAAAUUGUAGCAAUGCUGUUGUUCUUUGUGCCUUCUUGUUUGGUGUCUGUGCCAGACACGGGAAUAUGCUGCAUUUGCAAAAGCAAAAGGCUGGAUAUGUUGUAUUUUCAAUGUAAUGCCAUUUCAACAUCCACAUCAAAAUGUUUUUACAAAUAAAAAAAAACAGCUUUCUUUUUAAAGAUUAAUUAUAUAGUAUAAUUAUUCAAUGUAAUCAAUAUAACUCAACUCCUAAGAUCCCACGUUGUACUUGAAGACUGUACAUUUGACUGCACUGAUCUUUAAUAUUGGCUUUACGGCUGGCUGCCUUGAGUGCUCCAAAGCACUCAGUCCUGGUUAAGUAACGCCCUCUAGUGGGUAAAGAGCUCAGACAGAUGUGUGUUUCAUUUUUGAGAGAGAAGGAAGAUUCUGAGUCAAAGACAGCUGUACCUGUUGGUUUCUGUUUCACAUCACCUGUGUUUUUGAGAAGCUGCAACACUGCAAGGAAACUGGAGGACUGACAGCUACUAUUUUUGUCACUUUAUAGUUUACAAUUAGUUUUGAUGUUUAAAGCUGCAGUAGGUAAUUUUUAUAAAAAAUAUUUAAUUUGGCAUAUUUCACUAUAUCCUGACAGUAGAACAUGAGACAGAUAAUCUGUGAAACAAUCAGGUUCCUCUGCCUCCUCCUAGUGCUCCUAAUGGCAUUUGCAAGAAUCCACGGGGCCUGAACGAAAACAACCAAUCACAACCAAGAAAAUGUGUUGAUUGCUGAGUCUCAUUCCCAGGUUGUCAAAUACAGACGUUAUGGGACUCUGGAAAUGAGACUCAAACUCAACUAUCUUCAAGCGUCCAACCACAACCAUCUUUAUAUCUCUCUUGGCUCUGGCUCAGUGGAUACUUGUAAAUCCCAUUAGGAGCACUAGGAGGAGCCAGAGGAACCUGAUUUUUUCACAGAUUAUCAGUCUCAUGUUCUACUGUCAGGAUAAAGUAAAACAUGACAAUAAUUUUUUUAUACCAUCACGAUUUGACCUUGUUGAUUUCAAAGGUUCAAUGUAGCAGCAGUGGUGGAAUACUGACAAAAUAAUCACUAGAGUCAAAGAGAUCAGUUUUUCUGUUGGUUGGUUGUUUUCUAAGAGCCCAUAUUGGCUGUCACGUCUACACACUUGUCAUAAUAUUGGUAUUGCAACACAGGAUGUCUCCUGCACCCUGCCUCGGGGUCAUACUUGUGUUGAAUUUUACACAAAUCUGUGUGCUCUCUGCUGACUUGGUCAUCACAUGAAAAACAAGUGAGCAAUAAGGGUGGAAAAGCUUUUGGCAGGGUUACAAUAUGAGGAGGCAAUAUUACAGAGUCUGUGGUAAGAGUGAGGGCUUAGGGCCGAACAGAUUGAAGACAUUUAUGAAUACUGUUCCUGAUCUGUGGUUGAAACAUGACAGCAAUGACAUUUGAAUAAAGCGUAAAGCUCUACAGGCA